UGACUACCCCCAACCAACCCAACCACCUAGCGCCUGGUUCCACCCUGAUUGGUGGGCCUGAUUCCCACUUUCUUCUCCUGCAAUGCCUUACUUGUCAAUUGACGACUCUUCCUUCUUUCCUCCCUUUCUUACUUCGUCCUCAUCGAUGUAGCUGUGUCUGUUCAGAUUCAUGUGCUGAUGUCUAAAGCUGUCCUCCAUCCACAGGACUUCUCCUGGGUCCCCUUCUUGAUCACUUUCCUUUCACAGAGAGAAUUGGUGCUGCUGCCUCCCCCUCGCUUGAUGGGCUGGGCAUGUACAUGGUGGAGAGCAAAGCAGGUGCUGUAGCUUGUAUGCUGCUGUCCCUCUUCUUCCUUGGGACGUGGCCCGCCAUCUUCACCCAUCUCGAGAGGCGGGGCCGGCUCCCUCAGCACACUUAUCUCGACUACACCCUCACCAACUUCCUCGCCGCCGUGGUCAUUGCCUUCACGUUGGGCGAGAUUGGAAAGGGCACCCCCACCGAGCCGAAUUUCUUGGACCAACUUUUCCAGGACAAUUGGCCAUCUAUUCUAUUCGCUAUUUCCGGCGGGGUCCUCCUUGGUAUCGGGAAUCUUGCAACACAAUAUGCACUGGCUUUGGCCGGUUUAUCCGUGACCUUAGUAAUCACUGCGAGCAUGACCGUCAUAAUAGGCACGAGCCUUAAUUACUUUUUAGAUGACGAGAUCAACAAAGCGGAGAUCCUUUUCCCGGGGGUAGGCUGUUUCAUCAUCGCGGUAUUCCUUGCAUCUGCUGUUCAUGCCUCAAAUGAGGAUGAUAACAGGCUGAAGCUCAGCCUCAUAGGCGAUGAGAAAGUUGAGGCCGGAGCCUCAAGGUAUGCUGCAACUGGGGGAGCAUCUCCGAGCAAUGAUGCGGAAAUCACUGACAGUUUUCUUGAGAAGGCAGAAGCUGGGACGGCAUUUUUCCUCAUCGAAGUCGAAAAUAAAAGAGCCAUCAAGGUGUUCGGGAAGAACAAGUUUAUGGGUCUCGGGCUAUCCAUCUCAGCUGGACUUUGCUUCUCCCUCUUCUCACCUCUAUUUAACUUGGCAACAAACGAUCAAUUCCACACCUUGAAGGAAGGGGUCCCUCACUUGACUGUCUACACUGCCUUCUUCUACUUCUCUGUAUCGUGCUUCGUAGUCUCUGCAGUACUGAACGUUGGCUUCCUUUACCACCCCAUGCUGGGCUUGCCCAAAUCAUCACUCGAGGCCUAUGUCAGCGGUUGGGACGGGAGGAGCUGGGCGUUGCUUGCGGGCCUUUUGUGCGGGUUCGGGAAUGGGCUGCAAUUCAUGGGAGGCGAGGCUGCAGGAUAUGCCGCUGCUGAUGCUGUUCAGGCACUCCCACUGGUGAGCACCUUUUGGGCGAUAGUAGUGUUCAGAGAAUACCGAGGAUCAUCGAGGAGGACUUACAUACUGCUCGGAAGCAUGCUGUUUAUGUUCAUUGUGGCCGUCGGUCUCCUCAUUGCAUCAGCAGGUCAGCGUAGCCAGAUCUCGGUCCAAUAUAGUUAAAUGAUUCAGAGAAUAGGAUGACAAGUGAAAAGGAUAUUAUACUCAAGACUUGUAAAUUCACAUUCUAUUUGGAGGAUCUGUUGAUUCAUACCCAUUGCAAGUGUAUCCCAUUUUCGUUAACAA